AAUGGAAUCCUAUCCAUAAAACGAGAUUCGAUUCCGCUAAAGCUUCGACGCCAAUGAAUCAAUCGUGCACCUGCGCACCGUCUUUCAAGGGAGUCGAACAUGUUGAAGGUUCAAAGAGUCGACUCCAAUAAUCAAGCGCGUCCUCGGAGAGAGGACUUGCGGCGAUAACAAUGAGGAGCUGUACAUAGGAUAUCUAAAGAACCAUUCGGCUGAGUCUUCUAUGAUUCAGCCACAAUUGACUAUAUCGUAUUACCACCAUUUCAAGCAUUGAAUCAUGGCAGACGCCAAGCCACCCUCUGACAGGCCUCAGAGGAAAAUGUCCACUACAGGGGACACUUUAUACAAGGUGCUGGGACUGGAGAAAGGGGCAACAGCAGAGGACAUUAAAAGAGCCUACAGAAAACUGGCUCUGAAAUACCAUCCAGACAAGAAUCCAGACAACCCUGAAGCUGCAGAAAAGUUCAAAGAAAUCAACAAUGCCAACUCAAUUCUCACUGAUGAGACCAAGCGCAAGAUCUACGAUGAAUACGGUUCCAUGGGGCUCUACGUGUCCGAGCAGUUUGGAGAAGAGAGUGUCAAAUACUAUUUUCUCAUGUCAAAAUGGUGGUUCAAGGGUAUGGUCAUGUGCUGUGCCGUCUUCUCCUGUUGCUGCUGCUGUUGCUGCUGCUGUUUCUGCUGUGGAAAGUGCAAACCACCAGAGGAGGAUGAGAACUACCAGUAUGUGGACCCAGAAGACCUGGAGGCCCAGAUCAAAGCAGAGCAGGAUGGUGGAGGCUCAAAUGUCCCUGUUUUGAUCCAGCCCAGUUCCACCAUCAACACCUCAGAGUCCACACAUUUCGCAGCCAGACAGUCCACGUACAACACCCAGAAAUGAGCCACCUGCCUGUUCCUGGUCCCAGUCAUUACUGAGGGGGUCCUGCUGAUGGACUCUAAGGCCCCUGAUGUAGUGUGCUGCCCGCAAGGCAUCAUGGCACCAGGACUAAAUUGUGCCAUUGCGCCAUUCCCUGACUCUGACCCACUGGAAUCGAGUGGCAGUUUGCCAAAAGACAAGGAAGCCUCUGACAGUCUCACUUCAUCUGUGUCUCCAUUGGUGUGUAUGUCUGUCUGUUUGUAUAUAACUACCCGUUCAUUUCAAAAUAAAAUCGCUAUGAGACUGAUGCCACUGGGCAGUGCUCCAGGUGGGAAGUGGGUUUUACUUUUGGGGUGUUUCUUUUUGAAUCUGGGUAUUUAUUUAAUUUUGUACUUUUUUUUUUUUUUUUUUUUGUGUGUGAUAGAAGCAUGGACAUGAGUGGAAUGAUCCUGUGAGUGCAUGCAAAGCAAUAACAGCAUGCCACUACUAUACAGCAUAGGAACAUGUGCAGAAACCCCUCCCACUUAUCCACAACAUGGCACCUUUUUUUAGUUUGCUUCGUUAGAUGGCAGUGUUUUCCAUUCUCAAGUUUGCAGACAUCUGUUACAUUUACAUUAUAUGGCAUUUCGUUUAAGAUCGAAAUGGUCAAUCAUACGCAAAUGAAAAGACAUAGCUGUGUAACAACUUUUUCUCACCAAAGUUAAGGCAGAUGUCUCACAUGUCAGUUGAUGUGCCAUGCUUGGUAUUUCAAGCCAUGUGCAAUGGUCGUACAUUUCCCUAAAAUCAGAACACUUGAAUAUGCUGUUGAAAGUUGUUUUUUUCUAUGCACUUUUUCCCCACUACCUUCAUAGGAGGCUUCUAAUGCAGACCUAACGGCUUCAACCCUUACAACUACUACUCAACUACGAAAGCGAGAAUAUCUGUAAAUGUGAAGUUUUAGGGGCUGAAAUGGGAUCAACCCUAUUUUUGGUGAACGCUAUGCCAAAUCAUCGAGCAAACCUAUGCUUUCUUUGUGCUCUUAGGACAUAUGACAAAACGAAAAUAUUUUUAAUGAUCUUAUUUAUUUUUAAUAUAUCAGAAUUGAGAUUAAUGUGUAUGACAUGUUCUGAGUGAAACGAUGCACUGUGUAAACUUGAUUUCAAAACUUGGAUCUGCAAGAGCCUCAUUAUUUUAGCAAUAAGGAAAUGCCCGUUGUGUUAAAUGUGAAAGACUCAACAAUAGUCAGCCAGUUACUGUUAGAAACACUACAUUAGAGUCAGUACAUUAGAUGCCAAAUGUUUUCCCUGUAAAUUGUUGUUCCCAAUGCAAUAGUAUAUACUUGUAUUGUACACCAUUUUGUUUCUGUGUGCAAAUAGAAAUGUAUGUAGUAGUUUCAAGUAGUGUAUGGUCAUCUGUCUGUUCUAGUUGUCAUUUUGGGGGGCAUUUUCUUAUAGCCAAGAAGUUUUCCUUCAUUCCAUAAAAACUGGAUAUUGCUUUCAGAGAAUAAACUUGCCAAAAGAAAAAGAGAUGAAAGCAGACAUUCAUUGGGAUAUGAUCGUCUAUGCUCACUGGAUCACUUGAUUUCAAUGCACAAGGCCCAUUUCUGCAGUCAACAACUUACUUUUUUGGCACUUUUUUGGGGUUCUAAUGAUAAUUAUGAUUUUAGAGAAUUUGGGAGGUUUUGACCUCUUCACCAGUGCACACAUGUGAGGUUUAAUGAUGCUGUGUGUAAUAACCUGUUUGAUGAGGGGGAAAAGCCAAGUCUGGUCUGAAUUUACCAACAGCCAAAAAGGAGCCAAGAACCACAGCACUACAUCGCUAUUUCCCUCCUAUUUUUAUUCAACAUGGUUCGUAAUGCAUCACAUAUUUCAUUGUCUGUUUAUAUUAUUGAACCGGAAUUCAUUAAAUAAAUGGGGAUUUGUAAAA